AUGUUAUCUGCCUUGAGGCUCUGCCCCCUUGCCUCCCUGGUGUCUCUGCUGGUGCUGCUGGAGGUUCUGGGCCAGGUGGAUGCCCAGGUGAUGGUGAAAGCCCGCAGGGGUUUCUUCUGGCUUCGAGCCCGCCCCUCUAGCUGUUUGCUACUGAAGCCGGCGCUUCCUCUCAGCCACUGUCUUCGGCCCCCACAGAAGCAGCCUCAAGCGUGCGGAGACAGACAGUUGGAAACAGACAACACCAAGUGCCCGUCAGAAAUGACCACGACCCGGCGUGGACAUCCCUACCGGAUGGACUCUCUACAGAAGCAGGACCUCCGGAGGCCCAAGAUCCACGGGGCAGUGCGGGCUCCCCCCUACCAGCCGCCUACGCUGGCCUCGCUGCAGCGCUUGCUGUGGGUCCGGAGGGCCACCACGAUGAGCCACAUCAAUGAAGUCUGGCCCAAACUCUUCCUGGGAGACGCGUAUGCCGCGCGGGACAAGAGUAAGCUGGCGCAGCUGGGCAUCACCCAUGUCGUGAAUGUGGCAGCGGGCAAGUUCCAGGUGGACACGGGUGCCAAGUUCUACCGCGGGAUGCCCUUGGAGUACUACGGCAUCGAGGCCGACGACAACCCCUUCUUCGACCUCAGUGUCUACUUCCUGCCUGUGGCUCGAUAUAUCCAAGCCGCGCUCAGUGCUCCCCAAGGACGCGUGCUGGUACACUGCGCUAUGGGGGUGAGCCGCUCUGCCACGCUCGUCCUGGCCUUCCUCAUGCUCUGUGAGAACAUGACGCUGGUGGAGGCCAUCCAGACGGUGCAGGCCCACCGGGACAUCUGCCCCAACUCGGGCUUCCUCCGGCAGCUCCUGGUUCUGGACAACCGACUGGGGCGGGAGACAGGGCAGCUCUGA